UAACGAAUAAGUAUAUAUCCUAUAGAAAUAGCAACAGUAUAUAAAAAGUAAAUUCAAUAAAGAAAAUAAUUGAAAAACGUUUGUGAAGGCAAUGGCUUUUCUGGAAUAUCAUCGUUACCAAUGGUUCCACAAAUUUUUAAUUUUUCUCUCCUUAAUGUUAACGUGGUCGCAUGCACAGCAACCGAGACGUGAUGCUGAUUGGCCUCCAUCAUCACUCUUGAAGAUAGCAAAGCCAUUCCAUGAUAUUUGUGUAGAAAAAACUGGUGUAACAGAAGAGGCUAUAAAGGAAUUCAGUGAUGGACAAAUUCAUGAAGAUGAGGCUUUAAAGUGUUACAUGUAUUGCUUGUUCCAUGAAUUUGAUGUCGUUGAUCCUAAUGGUGAUGUCCACUUGGAGACAUUAUUCCAAGCUAUACCUCACACUAUCAAAGAUGUGCUAGUGAAGGCUUCAGAGAAUUGUGUACAUCCAGAGGGUGAUACUUUGUGCCACAAGGCGUGGUGGUUCCAUCAAUGUUGGAAAAAAGCAGAUCCAGAGCACUAUUUUUUGCCCUAAGUUGAGAGACUUUGAUCACAAUUUUAACAAUUUAAUGAUCUUACUAAUCAGAUACUGAACAGACAUAUAAAUUAAAUUUAAGUUGUAUGUAAUUUCUAUUUUAUUAGGAUUUUGAUUUAAUCAAAACAAAAUUACAAAAAGUUUAAAAGAAAAUAA